AUGGAGACAGUGACAGAUUCCCCCCGGGGUCCUGACCCCGAGGGACACUUCCAGUUCCGUGUCAUCGUGCUGGGGGACACAGCUGUGGGCAAGUCCUCACUGCUGCGCUGCUUCACUGACGGGCCAGGUGGGGGUCCUGGUGGGGCAGCCACCCCCAGCCCCACCGUCGGCGUCGAGUUCUACAGCCGGACUAUCCUGGUGCCACCCAUCGGCAAGGCCAAGCUGCAGCUCUGGGACACGGCCGGCCAGGAGCGGUUCAGAUCCAUCACCAGGUCCUUCUAUCGGAGUGCGGCGGGGGUGCUGCUGGUGUUUGACCUCACCAACCGGGAGUCUUUUGAGCACGUUCCUGAGUGGUAUCACCAGGCUGCGGGGGACCAGCUGCCUGCCUUUGUCCUGGUGGGACACAAAUGUGACCUGGUGGCUGAACGAGCCGUGUCAGCAGAGGAAGCUGGACACCUCGCCACCACUCUGGGCAUGGCCUUUGUGGAGACCUCAGCCCUCAGCAACCUUAACGUGGAGUUGGCCUUCCAGACGCUGGCUGGAGGUAUCCAGCAGGCACUGGGCCGGGGGAUCCUUGCCCCACACCAGGGAUGUGAUGGCAUCAGGCUCAUCCCCAGCCAGAGUCGCUGCCAGCCCUUGGCAGGGAGGGAGCCCCGGGAGCGCUGCCAGUGCUGA